GGCAACGGGAGCGGAAAGAGGAAAGCUGAGAGCCCGAAGGCAGUAGCCCCCACCACCGCCGGCCCACGUUACCAUCUAGCACCGGGAAAAAUAGCAGAGAGCCGCCGCCGGCAGAAGCCAUUACCAACCAGUAACUAUGAGCAGCGAGGCCGAGACACAACAACAACCACCGCAGCCUGCUGCCGAUGAUGCGGAAAGCCCAUCCAGCCCGGCAGCUGCAGCUUCCGCGGGGGAUAAGAAGGUCAUCGCAACAAAAGUCUUGGGUACAGUCAAGUGGUUCAACGUCAGGAAUGGAUAUGGUUUCAUCAAUAGGAAUGACACAAAAGAGGAUGUUUUUGUACACCAGACAGCCAUAAAGAAGAACAACCCAAGGAAGUAUCUUCGCAGUGUUGGGGACGGAGAGACUGUGGAGUUUGAUGUAGUUGAGGGAGAGAAGGGUGCAGAGGCAGCAAAUGUCACUGGCCCUGGAGGGGUGGCUGUCCAGGGAAGCAAAUACGCUGCUGACAGGAACCGCUACAGGCGUUACCCACGCAGAAGGGGGCCCCCUCGUGGAGGAGAAUACCCAGAGAACUACCCAAGUGAUGGAGAAGGCGAGCCUGGCAACGGAGUGCGUGACAAAGGAAACAGAGACGGGGGAGAAAGCGCCCCUGAGGGAGAAUCGCAGCCACAGCAGCGCAGACCCACUUACCCCAGCAGACGACGCUACCCACCAUACUUUGGAGUUGAAGGCGAUGAAAACCAGGGAGGUCCAGACCAGGGCAACAAACCAGUGAGGCAGAACUACUACAGAGGCUUCAGACCAAGGUUCACACCCAGGGGUCCACCCCGUCCCAGACCGGUGCGGGAUGGUGAGGAGGACAAGGAGAAUCAGGGAGGUGAAGGUGGUCAGAAUCAACAGCCCCGUCAGCGGCGCUACCGCCGCAACUUCAACUACCGUCGCAGACGCCAACAGACUGGUGGUAAACCAGGCCAGGAAAGCAAGGAUGCCAAGGCAGGAGGUGAACCAUCUGCAGAAAAAACGUCCGCUCCCGAGGCCCAGCAGGGUGGGGCUGAGUAGGAAGCAACAUGCCCACCGGCAACUACCAUCUUUUACCAUCGUCCGGUUUUUUUGACACGAAGAAACAUCAAAUAAGAUCUGAGCAAUAACGAUUUGACUUUAAGAUCGUCACAAGCUUGCACCAUUUUGACCAGAUUACCAACGAUUGCCUGCAGAAUCUAUGCAGACUUGGGUUUGUUUUUUUUUUGUUCUCCAUUAUUUUUAUGUGACAGCUACAAAAUGUUUUGGGGAAACGACAAUGUUUUUCUAAAUCUGUCCUAAGUUUUUACACCAAAUGGUUUUUAAAAAUAAAAUGGAAUUUGAUAUCUGGUCCGUUUGACAUUUUUAAAUAACUUUUUAUGUAUUCAAACAUUUUAACGAAAUGCAAGCUAAAAUAAAACUCAAAAACCAGGUAAA